AUGGCUUCAACAUUUGAUCCAUUUGAUCGAACAAGUUGGUACUUUGGCCAAAUGUCAAGGCAAGAUGCCACCGAUUUAUUAAUGAGUGAAAAAGAAGGUGGAGUUUUUUUAAUUAGAGAUUCAAUAUCUAUAUCUGGUGAUUAUGUCUUAUGUGUUAGAGAAGACAGUAAAGUUAGCCAUUAUAUUAUAAAUAAAAUUCAACAAGGAGAGCAAACAAUAUACAGAAUAGGAGACCAAAAGUUUCCUGAUUUACCUAGUCUGCUUACAUUUUAUAAACUACACUACUUAGAUACAACUCCUCUUAUAAAGCCAGCUCCUAAAAGAGUUGAAAAAGUUAUAGCAAAAUAUGAUUUUGAUGGAAAUGAUCCAGAUGAUUUGCCUUUUAAAAAAGGAGAAGUUUUAUUAAUAGUAUCAAAAGAUGAGGACCAAUGGUGGACUGCUAGAAAUAGUUUAGGAAAAACAGGUUCCAUUCCUGUACCUUAUAUUCAAAGAUAUGAAGAAAAUCAACCUUACAUAACUGAUGGCCAUAGACCAAGUUCUGGCAGUGGGAAUUUAGUUGCCGUACCUUCUGAGCCCUCGAAAAAAGCAAAUAUUCAAAGAAAACUUCCUGCAUUAGCUAGAGUUAAACAAGCUAGAGUGCCAAAUGCUUAUGACAAAACUGCUCUAAAAUUAGAAAUUGGAGAUACUAUCACUGUUACAAAAAUGAAUAUAAAUGGUCAAUGGGAGGGAGAAUUAAAUGGAAAAUAUGGACAUUUUCCUUUUACACAUUUGUGCUUGAUAUAUAUUUUGUGA